AUGGCGUCCAAGAACAGUGAAGGGCUCGUGGUGUAUGGCGAAGAUUCACGCGCCGGGGUUACCAACCGCAGGCUAGGCAUGGCGAUCACACACGUAUCAGCCCAAGCACAAGAUAUCGCUGAGUGUCAGCGGCAGCUUCACGCUAGUCAGCAAUUUCAAGCCCAGCAACAGCAGCUGUACACUGAGUCUCGCUUUCAACAAGCGCGUUACGAAGCCGAGCAAAGAGCCUGGUGUUAG